AAGAAACGGAAUGGGGCUCGUCAUAUUUGUCUACUUGUGUGUCUUCUAGUGCAAUCCCGUGUACUCCUUUGCUCUGUUUGUUGCAAUUGCAUCUCAUGACCAUGGCCAUCCGCUUUGGUUGGGACACCCCAUCAUGCAUAGUAACCGCUGAGGAGGUACCCAAAAACCGGCCCCGUGACGGUGAUACUUCAUCCUUGCUUGGCCAUGACAUGGACGAGCUGUUUGCGUCACGCCUUUGUCCAAUGUGUUCCCGUGCUCUCGAAAGACGGCCAGCCUGUGUCGUCGGUCGCGCUCGAUUCCCACCCGAUCAUCCCGACGAACGUGGUGCCGGUGCCUCACCUCAUAGAUCAACUCAAUGUCCAGAACCGGACAACUCUCUCCAUGGCCUUACCCGGUCUCCGGCGGCCUCCCACUAUCAUCUCACGACAUAUCCACACCCUCCAUCUUCACCUCUUCCCCAACCACAGCCUCCUCCCCACCCAGUCUCCCCUCCCCCAUCCAUCUUCCCAUCCACAAGCAUCUUCAACGUAUUCCUCUUCUUCUCAAUCCCCUCCUCAAUCCUCCCAAUAACCCUCCUCUGUGCCUCCAAACUCAACUCUUGACCCUCGAUCCCACUUACCGCCUCUUUCGCUUUCGAGAAUGAUUCGCGUAGUGCGUGUGCCUCGGCAGUAACUUCAUUCUGUGCGGCCCCAGACGAGAGUUUGUCGAACAAAAUCUGGAUACGUGGCAAUAACGUAAAGAGACUACGGUCGAGGGGUUGGACCGUCGUGAAACCCGGUGUGGUUUCGGCUGUGGGUGGGGACGACAUCGACAUUGGUCGGGAUGUGCUCGCUAGCCGCCCGAGAUGGUAGAGGGAUGGCGGUUGAGCCGAGUAGGGUAUGUGAAUGGUGUGCCGGGACGUGGGUUCGUGCCGUCUAU